ACAUAGUUAUGGAACCAGCUAAAAUAAAUAACCCUGCUAACAUAGCAGCAUAUAACCUAAACAACCAAAACUACAAUAAUAUAGCAACUAUAUCGUUGGAAGACAAACAACUACCCAAAUUAAAUGACAAAAAUUGGAAAGAAAAAACAGCACAAUAUAAAGUAUACGAUGAACUACAACUAGAUAUUAAAGAAAAAGAACUUUGUACCGAAUGUAAAUAUCCCUACAAUGAAAAAGAAUUAACUAAUAGAUAUUGUAAUGACUGUUAUAAAGAAGCUACCAAAUGUAUUGGUUGUAAGCAACCAACACCAAUCACAACACUGAAAAAUGCAAAAUGUACUAUUUGCUUCCAAAUGAAAGUAGAGAACCAAAGAAAACAAGAAAAAGAUCAAAUUCAUGAAAUUGAAAAAAAAGAAUUUGUACCAAGUAAAAAACUCAAAGUAACUACUAAAAUUGAAGAAUUCAACUUUGAUAAAAUAGAAAGAACUGAAAUAGAACAAAUGAAACAAGAAAUAAUUGAUCUGAAAAAAAUUAAAAUAAAUAACACACUUCAUCUUGACAACAUUGAACUACAAAGAAAACUUGAAGAACAUCGAGAACGUGAUUACCUAACACAGUUUAGACAAAUUACAACUUGGAGAAACCAAGCUAUAGCAGAAUUCAUAAUAUUAGGACAAGAAUACUCUGAAGAAAAAUUUGAUAAUUUACACAAAGAAUAUCUCAAGAAACAUGAUUUUGAUAAACUCUACAAAACACUUGACAAUCUACAAGAUACUUCUGACGAAGAAAGUAGAUGCCCAAACACACCACAACAAGUAAAAGAAUACACACCACACUAUACUCCAAGCACACCUGUAUAG